AAUCUACUAAAAAUAGCGUUACAAUUUUUUUACUCUACACUCACAUCUAAUAAUAAGAAUCACUACCUUUCACUGCUAAUCUCUCUCUCUUUACAAAUCCAAAUCUUAAAGAAAACCAAAAAAAUAAUAAAGAAGAAGAAGAAGAAGAAGGAGAGUGAUUAACAAAAACAUAAAACUCCAUUAGAGUGUGAUGAGGAUUUAUCAACCAACCUUAUUAAUAUUCACCACCGUCGUCUUACUCUCCAUCUCCGCCGUCGCUCCUGGUGGCUCCCGGCAACUUUUGUACACCCGAGACGACCCUAUAACCAUACCUCCGUACCUAAUAUUCGAAAACGUACGGCUCGAAAGAGCUUACGUGGCGUUACAAGCGUGGAAACGUGCCAUGAUCUCUGACCCGUGGAAUCUGACAACUAACUGGUUUGGAUCACGUGUGUGCGACUACAACGGUGUAGUAUGCUCCGAAUCUCUCGACGACCCUUUGGUUAAAACUGUCUCCGGUGUUGAUCUAAACCAGGGAGAUAUCGCUGGUCAUCUCCCUGAAGAGCUUGGCCUCUUAACCGAUAUUGCUCUGUUUCACGUUAACUCAAACCGGUUCUGUGGUACACUCCCGGUCGGGUUUUCGCAGUUGAGUCUCCUUUUCGAACUUGAUCUUAGUAAUAACCGGUUCGCUGGUAAAUUCCCGGAAGUGGUAAUCGGUUUACCGAAAUUAAAGUAUCUUGAUCUCCGGUACAACGAGUUUGAAGGUGAAUUACCAGAAUCUUUGUUCGAUAAAGAUCUUGACGCUUUAUUCCUGAAUAGUAACCGGUUUAGAAGUAAAAUCCCGGUUAACAUGGGAAAUUCACCGGUAUCGGUUCUAGUUCUAGCCUCAAACCGGUUUGAAGGAUGUAUACCGCCGAGUUUCGGUAAAAUGGGUAAGACUCUAAACGAGAUCAUUCUUAUGGAUAACGGUUUACAAUCUUGUAUACCUAAUGACAUGGGAUUACUUCAAAACGUUACGGUUUUGGACAUUAGUUAUAACUGGUUGGUCGGAGAGUUACCUAAGUCGAUGGGUCAGAUGGAGAAUCUUGAGGUGUUGAACGUUGAACGUAACAUGCUCUCCGGUUUAAUACCGGAUGAGCUAUGUUCGCUUGAGAAGCUAAGAGAUUUUAGAUACGGGUCUAACUAUUUCACCGGAGAACCAGCCACGUGUCGCUAUCUAGAGAAUUAUAAUUAUACGAUGAAUUGCUUCAAGGACGUGAGGGACCAAAGAUCGAUGAUGGAGUGUAAGAUGUUUUUGUCGAAACCUGUAGAUUGUGACUCUUUCAAGUGUAGUCCUGGCUCUUCGUGUUUUUCUCCUCCUCCGAGUCAAAUAUCACCAUCUUCGCAACCAUUGGCACCGGCGCCAUCUCCUACUUCACCACCAUUGUCAACACCGCCUCCGGCUAGACCAUGUCCGCCGGUAUACUCACCACCUCCACCACCACCAUUGUCACUGGCGCCGUCUAUGAACUGAUCUAUCUAUUUGACAUUUGUAGAAAAACUAGAAAGCGCAUGUUUAGAUGUUGAAAGUAAAAGCCAGAUGAGAUAUAUCUACGGUGUUUGUAGUGGGAACCAAAUGAGGUUACAAGUGGAGGAGACAACAAGCUGAAAAUCUUUAGGACACCGAGUGUAUAAGGACUUGUCUCUUUUUUAUAGAUUGCAUGCAUGUGCGUGUGUUUAAUUUUAACUUGAUAUAAUUUUUUGAGUCCAUAUUUCUUGUUGAGUGUUUUUCAGUUUCAUUAAUAAGAACCAGGUUAGCAACCUCUUUAACCAAAAAAAAGAGUAAAGGUUAGGAACCAUUUGACGGCACGGAUCAACGGGUUAGUUUUGGAUCCUAUGACUAUGAAUGUGGGUGACCACCUAAUAAAGUGUGGUGCAUGCAGUAUCGACUUUUUUGUCACAAUUAAG